ACUGCCGCUGCGAUCAGCUGGCAAUCACCACGCCUAAUUUUGUUUACUAGUAGACCAGCUGUCCCGGCUUUUGUUCUCUCGUGCCCAAUUGUUUUUCCCGCAUUACUCUUCAGUUAUUAAAUUUCGGCUUUCAAAAAUAAGUGCGUCAGCUUAAAAAAAUUAAUUUUCGCGGAGGAGGCCAUAUUGGGUUUGAUCGUUGAACAACAGUAAACAAAGUGAUAAGGUGUCCCAAUCCCGCGACAUUUCACUCCUUCGAGAAAACUACUUAAACAUAAUGGCAAGUUCCACAAACCUCUUGGAUUUGCCAUUGGAAGUUCUGGAUAUAGUUUUCACCAACUUAAGCUUUGACGAUAAGUUGAAGCUAGGCCGUGCUGAUAAAAAUUUGGAAGCGGCCUUCAAAUUCCACAUCCGAGAUAAUUACACGAAAAUUUCAUCCCGAACACUACCGACUGAGUAUUGGUCAGAAUUCUUGAUGAUUUGUGGCUCCAUUGUCAAUGAAAUAGAUGUUAACUUUUUAAAUGUUCAUUAUUUUGAUCUGAUAAAGCAAUAUUGCUGCAACCUGAAGAUCAUAAAAGGACUCUAUGUGAAAGAUUGCAAAUGCUUGGCCGCCAAAAAUUUACUUGGGGGAUUAAAAAGCUUGGAGUCUCUGGAAGUAACUAUAACAAAUAGGAACACAGCAAAAGUAUUGCAUGCCUUGCAGGAACUUUCGAGUUUAAAAAAAUUAAUGAUAAAGUAUCUAGGUGCCAGUCCAGGUGAUUGUAAUUCGGACGUUCUGAUAGAACCAACAAGCUUGGAUCAAGCUCACAUACAUAAGUUAAUCAAUUUGGAAGAGUUGGUUAUUAGUUCGAGUUUAUAUCGUCAUCCAAUCAACAUUAACGAUAUUCAAUCCCAGUUAAAAAAUCUUCGCUCAUUAACACUAAGCAAUAUACAAGUUUUUUCACCUAUUGAAGACAUGGAGAUUACUUUGCCAUCGUUGGAAGACCUAUCCAUUAGUCGAUCGCUUAUUAAUUUCCAAUUGCCUAAUUGUCCAAAGCUUCGAUCGCUUAAAUUUUUCAAUUCGCACUGUCAUUUAAAUAACGUUUUUGAAAAGUGGAUGACGAUCCAUGUUAAAACUUUAAAUUCACUUAUUGCAGACAGUGGAAUAUUUAACAAAAAAAUGUUGACUUCUAUGUUUUCAUCAAGUGACUUCAAGGAAUGGCAAUGUCCCGAAAUAGAUACGCUUAUUGUAAACAGUUCUGAAAUUAAGUUUCCUUUACCAUUUUGCCCCAAACUAAAAUCUUUGGAAUUAAGCGGCACACGCUUUUUCGCGAUGAACUUUUCCUAUAAUUACCUACUGUAUUGUCCGAACCUCUUGUCUUUAAACUUGGAGUGUUCCGAAAUUCGGUCGCCAGAUUACUUUCACAACUGGAUCGCCAAACACUCGAAUUUACAAAGUUUGAAAUUACCAGAACAAUUUUUUGAAGAACACGAAUUUCUGCACUUACUUUCAAGAUGCAAAAAAUUAAACAAAUUAAAAAUUUCAACCUACGACAAAAAUAUAAAAAAAAUAUCACGCGGUUUUCUUAAUUUAUUUAUCAAAAUACUUAAACAAAAUGGAUUUACAGAAAGCAAGCCAUUUGAAUUAACAGUUUCCCCUAAUGCAUUUCAAGAAAUACAAAGUAUGCUGGAUGAAAUUCCAGGUUCCGCACUGUGUAAAUGCUUUACAAUACAUAUUGACGGGCACGUUUUUCUCGAUCCUUAUGAUGAGAGUGAUAACGACAUGAUGAGUAUUUCCUUAAACCGAUUGAAUUCAAUUAUAACAAGUUAGUUACAAGGAGGAGCGCGGUACAUUAAUUUUUUGCGCAAUAUGUGAUGUGGCUUAAAUUAAAAAACAUUUCCAUGCAAACAAGUCAAAUAUAAAUGGAUAUUAUUGUGAAAAAUUGGAAAAUAAUGGGUUGGUGUAUCGGCUGUCCUAGCAUGUUUCGCAACCGCCGCUCACACUACAGUCAUCUCUGUCUUUCAUACACAGCUUGUGUUGGUGCAGAUGGGCAACGGAGUGGGGAACGCUGGAAGUUGAAAAGCGACAUUCUGGACGUUCCUCGUACCGGCGGCUCGUUGGUCUAGAGGUAUGAUUCUCGCUUCGGGUGCGAGAGGUCCCGGGUUCAAUUCCCGGACGAGCCCAAGUGAUGUCGAAAAUAAUUUUUUUAUUUCUUGUUUUGAAUUGCUUGUAUACCAAUACCAUUCCUUUUUCUCAAAGCUUAACGUGCUGUAGCCAUUUCCACUAACUUUUCCCAAGUCUUAAAGACAUGUCCAUAUAUAAGCGAAAAAAAUUAAAAAUCAAGAAAUCGUAAAUAUCUACACGAAUAAAUAUUAUUGAUCCAUAAUACUUUGCUCUCAUGAAUCACAGUCUUAAAA